AUCGCGAUCAGCGGUUAUCUGCAGUUUAUCUUGCACAACGACACAAUGAAGAAGCAGGUUCUUGCCCUUGAGGGAGAGCACGCUAGAGGCUUCCUGGAUCUGCUCCAGAACAUCAUCGACAAACUUGAGCCUUUCGCCUACGAUGAAGUCAACCACAUUUCAGAAGAUGGCCUUGUUCCUUCAUAUGACGACCGUCGCAGCUUCCGUCGACGCCUCGUUCGCCUUGCAAUCAGGCUCGCGGAAAAAUGCGGGAUGCUGCCCUCUGCUUUGUUCGUCCAGGGCGUUGAAUACACCAAUGGACGAGAUCCAGAACGCGGUGGCGCAUUUGCAGACAUAUUCCUAGGCGUAUACGAAGGAACUCCCGUUGCCCUGAAGCGGCUUCGAGUCUUUCAAGCUGACCAUGAUCGCGAGGAAAUCCAUGAGAAAUUUCAUAGAGAAGCCAUAACGUGGCGCUUGCUGAGGCACCCCAAUGUCCUCCCCUUUUACGGCGUAGACGAAGUCACGUUCUCGCCCUUUUUGACUAUGGUCUCGCCGUGGAUGACCAACGGGACUGUGAUUGACUACUUGAAGCGCUGCCACCCACCAUCGCAAGCUGUUGUUGAUCGACUGCUUGUGGAGAUAGCCCGAGGCCUCUCUUACCUCCACUCUCAGGACGUUGUUCACGGGGACCUGCGCGGAGCGAACAUCCUGGUUGAUGCUCAAGGUCACGCUCGCCUAGCCGAUUUCGGCCUCGCUAUCGUGUUCAGCACCACGGCGAGUUUGCGCACGCUGGGGACCAGUGGGGGAAAUAGCCGAUGGUUAGCCCCAGAGCUACUCGACCCCGAACUUAUCGAGCAGAUUGGGUUCCGACGGACACCGGAGAGCGAUGUGUACUCUUUUGCGUGUGUUUGUUUGGAGCUGCAUACCAAAAAAGCACCGUUCUAUCACUUGGCUCUCGAUGCAUCAGUCCUCAUACAGAUCCUAUCAGGGAAGCGGCCCCCUCGACCGACCAAGGAAGAAUGCUUUGGUCUUACGAUUUCUGAGAACCUAUGGGAUCUCAUGAGUCGCUGCUGGGUGGCGCAGCCGACUAAGCGGCCCAAGCUCGACCUCAUCGCUGCGGAGCUGAAGAAUGAACAAAACAUCCAGGACAAGCCCAGGAAACCUAGCCUGACGGAAUUUGAUCUCUAUAAGAAACAGGCAGAGGCGCAAGAAGUCGAAGUGCGACGACUCGCAUCUGAGCGAGAGAGGG